CGCGCCCCGGGCCCGGCAUGGUGCUGCGCGGGGCGCGCUGAGGGGCACGGCGGCGGGCGCUGCCGCGGAGCGGCCGGCGGGCAGGAUAUUAAAAAAAAAAUUGCAUGGAUCAAAAUAAGGCUCUCUUGUGACCUCCUCACCUCAAGGGCCUACAUUGUACAGAACCAACUCCAGUUUCCAGCCAGCUGCGUAUAGCACUGAAGGAAAAUGAACAUACUGAGCAGGCACCACUCUUCGUGCUUUCUGCCUACCAUACGCCUUGUCAUCUUACUAGCAGCUCUGACAACUGCUGAGGAUGUGACUAAUAGCACUUUCAACCGCACUGGCACAAACACAGGAUCUGUGCCUGUGGUCAUCUCCCACAUCGACCACAUCAUAGUCAAGGAGGGGUGUAGUGCCUUGAUUGACUGCAAUGUCCAAGGUAGCCCUAGUCCACGUUACAGAUGGUACAAUUCCAAUGGCCGCCUGCUCCAAGAAGAAGAGAAUAAAGCAGGAAAAUGGUGGUUUCUUGACAAUGGGCUCCUAAACAUUACCAGCGUGUCUUUUGAAGACAGAGGUAAAUACACGUGUGUCGCAUCUAAUAUGCACGGCAGUGUUAACAAUACUGUGACUCUGAGGGUCGUCUUUACUUCUGGAGAUAUGGGAAUCUACUACAUGAUUGUCUGCCUUGUAGCUUUCACCAUUGUUAUGAUACUGAACAUUACACGGUUGUGCAUGAUGAGCAGUCACCUGAAGAAAACAGAGAAAGCAAUCAACGAAUUCUUCAGAACAGAAGGAGCAGAGAAACUCCAGAAAGCCUUUGAGAUUGCAAAACGUAUCCCAAUUAUCACUUCAGCCAAAACGCUCGAGCUUGCCAAAGUAACACAGUUCAAGACCAUGGAAUUUGCUCGCUAUAUCGAAGAGCUUGCUCGGAGUGUGCCUUUGCCACCUCUCAUCAUGAACUGCAGGACUAUAAUGGAAGAAAUUAUGGAGGUUGUCGGUCUGGAGGAGCAAGGACAGAAUUUUGUACGGCAGACAGCAGAAGGCCAGGAAACCGCUGAAACAGACGAGCUCUACACGAUCCCGAAUGCUCUGAAGCGCAGUGACUCUCCCACAGCUGACUCCGAUGCAUCAUCACUGCAUGAACCACCGCAACAGAUUGCAAUAAAAGUGUCGGUUCACCCGCUGUCCAAAAAGGACUGCAUGGACGGUCAGUCACAGGAAAGCGUGCAGUUGGACACCAAGGAAGAAGACCUUCCUCAAACACCAGCACUUCCAGCAGAGCCCGCUCCUGAGCCUUCUGCCGAACUGAGUUCUGAUGACACAGCAUUGGCAAAUGACACGUGUGUUAUAUAUGAAAGCCAUGUAUGAUAGUUACUCCUGAAUCUAUGCAUAGCAGGAAAAUCAGGUGGAGCUCUUUUAAAAAUACAUAUUGUACUUGCCGCUAAGCCUUACCAGGAGACUAUCAUAGCAAAGCAUGUAUGUGGAUUAUUGGCACUUUCUUCUCAGUUUGACUUUAAUUUAUCAUGAUGUAUGGCAGAGUAAUUGCUAAUACAUUAAUACUAUUUGCUCUUUUGGAUUAGGAGUAUUUCCAAGAAACAUUUACCUCAGCGUUUUCUAGGCUGGAGUCACCUGUAGUGGCCACCUGGAAGUCACUGGUAGUAUUUGAUGUAGGACAUCGAACUUACUGAACACAAAACAGGUUUUCAUUUUCUUCCUUCACAGUCAUUAUUUUCCAUUAUUUUGCAAAUACUGUCUGGUGAAUUUGAAUUAUUGCCCAAGAGGCAGCGCUCCCAUAGCCAAAUAAAGUCCUAAUAGAUUACUUCUACAAAGCCUGUUUGCUGAGCUGCAUUGUGAUUGAAAAGGCCAUUAAAGAAAGUUAAAAUGUUUGCAUUUCAUUUGGGACCAGCCUGCUUAGGCACAAGGGAAGUAGUUUUCCCUUUUCCACUGAAUGAAGAUGCCAGUGAGUGGGUAGGUGUUUUUUUUUUUUUUUUUUUUUUUUUUUUCUUGUCAAGAACCAACUUUAAGGUGUAUUUUAAAGAUAGGAAAGCCCUUAAGCAUCUUAAGAAAAUUUGCAGUCAGAACCCUGCAGGUUUUUUCUUGCAUUUGUUUGUCUGUCUCCAACUUCGCCUCAAGUUUGUAAGGAAAACAGUUGCAAAUAUACAGGAUGUCUUGCUUUGUAGUAAUUUGAAGACACACAGCUGCAUUAAUAAUCCUGCAAACUCCAGUAAUCAGAUGAUGACAAGGGUGAAAUGCAGAAGGCACCUGUACUCGGAUUCUCAAUUUUGUGCGGAUUUUUAUUCUGGGGAUCGAGUCUAAAUUUAUCUGUGAGCAUAAGUUGGAGGAUGUUAUAUCCAAAUUAAAAAAAAUAAAGGGUGCUGUGAAAUUACAAUGACAGUCACACAAACUGUUUUACUGUGUUAUAAUUUCUUUGAUAUUUUAAGAACCUCCUGCAUACGGUAGGAUGUUUCCUACUGGAGAACGUGUGACUCUAUCCCAGUAUAACUUUUAGUAUUACAGCAGUUGGGACAUACUAAAAAAAAGAUAGGCAUGUAUGCCAGGAGUGGAAAGAAAGUGGUCUUCUGUAUUGCAGACAGACAAUAAAAAGGACCUUAUUUAGAGUAAGUCUGGAAAGAAAGCAUUAAAAGGACAAGUUUCUUUAGGGUUAAUAGCAUGUUACUUCAUUAUCUGACACAUAUUUAAUUUGGAACUAAGGAACUUACUAUUACCUAGUAGUUUUUAAGGAAGACUGUGGUGUAUGUAUAGAUAUUCAAAUCUGGAAUCUAGUAGAUUGGCAAAAAAUAAGUCAUGUAGGUCUACGGAGAGGUGAUGCAUGGUUGGCUCUCUGGAAGUGUUACUCAAGUAGUCAUAUCUACAUAAGGUGUCCUUUGGAGGUAAUCAGCUGUGUUAGCUGCACAGCUCAUCGAGACCAAGCAAACUCAACAUGGCAGCCAUCUAAAAAAAGACACUGAUAACAGAUUGAGGUUAUCUUCGUAUUAAAGAGCAGAGCUUCACUAGCAGUGUAAUACAGGAACACCUUGUGACUCACCUUUCCAUGGUUACUGAAGAAAUACUUGUUUAAUGAAGGACUUGAGUUUUUGUGAUAAACUCAUGAAAAUGUCAGCAUUUAGUUGUCUAACAUUGGUGCUCACCGCUGUGGUAAGCAUCUCUGCAAAAUGCAUUUGCAUGUAUCCAAAAGGAGACACGCAAGGGCAAAAUCCCUCAAGGAAUGCGGCUGGAAACGUUUUAGAAGCAAUAUAAAUCUAGAACGAGAGGUAAGAACAGCAUGAGGAACCUCACACCUGACCGGUGUGAUUUCAGACACUUGUGGUGCAAGCUUAUUUCCUUGUCUGAGUCCAAAAUACAUUUCUGUUCACUGAUCAUAUCAGUUUUUCUUCAAAUCACUCACUUUGGUUCUAGUUUGAAAGAGGGUGAGGGCAGGAAAAAAAAAAAAAGCAGGGACUUGCAUUAAAUUCCUUUUAUUCACCUUGAGCUCCUGAAAAGAGGCAUCUUGGUUUUUCUGCCUGCCCAGUAUUUACAAACAAUGCUGACACGCUUUGUAAGUUAGCUGCUUGGUGCCCAACUAAGCCUGCUCAGAUGAUAAAGGAUGUUCUCCUUCAAUAAUUAUAAAAUUGCACUUUAAAAAAAAAACAAACAAAGUUUCAAAAGUAAACAAUGGGAUUUAAUUUUGUUUGCAUUCUAAUUACCAAUUUUUCCAGUGGAGACCAGACACUUUCAUGUAUUCAUGUGGUGAUUGGUACAAGGCCAUUCUGUUCCUGACUACCUGAUCCCAUUUAGUGUUUCUGUGUAAACUUUCUUGAAGAUACAGUUCAUAUUUUUUUCCAAAGAAUGCCCCACGAAGAGCGUGUGUUUAUAUACAGACACACCUUGGGAAUCAUUUGUGAGCAACAGUAACUUGGAAUUGAUGCGUGCAAUAGGAAUGGUGCUGAAUUUCUGCUGUUGCAAGGUCAAAGGGAACUUCCCAAUUGACUUUGCUGAAGCUGAAGUCACUGAUUGCCAAGUCUUUACAGCCAGUCUGCUGUAAAGCUUUUGGUCAUAGAGCUUGGUGGUACUACUGGAAUAAAAAAGCUGAACAGUGUUGUACUGAAAGAAAACACAGUAAUUGUUUUGUUUUAUGUAUUUCUUCUCUUUUAUGUGUCUACUACACCUGAAAGCAUAAAGCUUUUUCAAUGCUUCCAGGUACUUCCUUUGUGGGAGGUAUGUGGGCUGCAAGAUCCAAACCCAUCUUUCCUCUUCCAAAUUUUCUGGCUGUGUUUUCCUAAAGUAAGCAAUUUAUAUAUACAUAUAUAUAUGUUUUUUUUUUUUUCCCAGUGUUUCCUAGGGAAUGGCUAUUUUAUGUCACAAGAACACUAUUCACAAAUAUAAAAUUAUUGAUGGUUUGAGAAAAACAUUAGCAUUUGCAUUGUUGUGUAUUUUUGUUCACAUUAAGUACUUCAGGGACAUUAGGUAAUCUGUUGUCAUAUUUGGACUCUGCACACCUUUUGCUGCACUGUUUUAUUUAUCGAGCAGCAAUUGUUCUUAAAGUGCUCAGCACUUGGAAAACCCUGUCUAAGAAAAUUCACAUUUUAAAAGCAUACAUAACAACAGGCCUGCUCAGAAAGGGAAGGAAAUUUGCAGAAUAUAUUUAUGCUAUUUCAAAUGUUUUUGCUGGAACUUCAUGAAAGAUGGCUAGAUUUCUGCAGCACAACAAAUCAAUGUUGGAUUUGCUUUUUGACACUCACUGUUCUUUUUGCACUACACGUAAGAUUGUAUUAAUCAGACCACUUGAACACUGUGCUCACUAUUUACUGACAGCAUUUUCUUUCUGAUCAGCACUUGUUUACUGCUGACCCUCUUCUGUUUUCUGAAUGCGUGUGCUCGUAAGCCUCUCCCUUUCACUCAUUUUUAAAGACUGUCAUUUCAAAAUUGUGAGAAAGGAUAGAUCAGCAUUUUAUGCAGGUUUGUUGGUAUUAGGUGAGGCAUAGCAGUUUGCUCCUUAAAAACUACCGUGUUAUCAUCAUCAGUCUUGCUGAAUGGCACAUAUGGGCAGAUGUUGAUUUUUACUUUUUUUUUAACAGUGCCUGUUUUAUUCUAUCAUGGGUACAAUGUCAGUUCCUCCAUUUGCAGUUACCUUCUGACAAAAGUACUGUAACGGAAUCAGGGCUUUCUGACCCUCAGUUUGAUUCAGAGCAACUAAUUCUGAGAAGUAUUAAGCAUUGAAUUUUACAAGUUCUCAUGGCCUAUCUUGGCAGCAUGCUAUUUUAAGAGUAUGUCAUACUUCGUGGGACAACUGAGAGCUUCUUAGAUGGAAAGGAAAUGUUUGCACUGAAGUAUCCUGUAAUAUUUCAUUUGUUAUGAAAUCCUUUUUAAUUUUAUGAGAAAUAUGAGAUAACGAUGUUCUCUGGAGAAGCAGCUACUGUAUUUUGAUUUAAAUAACUGCUACAAUUUUAUAGUUCGCAGCCGUAAACCACAGAGACCAGUUCAUGCUCUAGUGGCAAAAAGAAUCGUGAUCCAGCUUGUACAUUGGUCAUUGUUUCAAAUAAAGAAUUUGCACUGACUAUGCUGAGUUUGUACACAAAAAGAUGGCACUUGCCUUAUAUGAGUACACCAAGGCUACAGUUCAAAUGAAAGUAAACUAUGGCUUUCAUUCUACAUGUGCUAAUACAUCAGAACUUUGAUCAGGAGAAACAGUUAUUUGUCUAGACAUGAGUUUUAAUAAAGCUUUGAAAGAGA